GUGAAGGUAGAAAGUGUGUGUGAGCUGCUGUGAGUUGAGCAUCAUGGAUGAGUGUGAGGACAGAGAGGAGGGAGUCCCUCCCUCUAAAAGCUCUCUGUGUGGGGAACAGGAGAACCAGAGCAAAGCUCAGAGGAAUCCACCUGGACCUGGACCUGGACCUGGACCUGGACCUGGACCUGGACCUGGACCUGGACCUCCAUCCAGCUGUGUGUCCUUCAAGAGUGACUGGUCUAAUCAUCGCUUCAUUGACUUUAAAGAUCAUCAACCUCCUGCUGCAGAGAAAAUCCAUCAGAGAUCAGAGUCUUCUGGACCUGGACCUGCAUCCAGCUGUGUGUCCUUCAAGAGCGACUGCUCUAAGGAUGUUAUUAUUGACUUUAAAGGAGAACCAGGUCCUGCUGCAGAGAGAGUGGAGCAGCAGAACUCAGAGGUUCCCAGAGCUCAGUCUGUCCAGCAGCAUCACCUGGACUCCAUAUUCAUGCUGCUGGAGGACAACAUGGUGACUUUUGUGAAGAAGGAGCUGAAGAAGAUGCAGAAGCUUGUGAGUCCAGAUUACCCAGAAUGCUCCUCAGAGAGUCAGAGGGAGGAUGAGGAGGAGUUGGAGGGUGAUAAUGAAGAUGAGAGGAGCAGCAGAGAGAUGUUUGAGCAGAUCACAGUGUUGUUCCUGAGGAGGAUGAAGCAGGAGAAGCUGGCUGACUGUCUGCAGAGCAAACUUGCUGCUGGAGUUUGUGGACGUGAACUUAAACGUGGUCUGAAGGAGAAGUUCCAGAGAGUGUUUGAGGGCAUCGCUAAAGCAGGACAGAAGACCCUCCUGAAUGAGAUCUACACGGAGCUGUACAUCACAGAGGGAGGGACUGCAGAGGUCAAUGAUGAACAUGAGGUCAGACAGAUUGAAGCAGCAUCCAGGAAAGCAGACAGAGCAGAAAGAAGCAUCAGAGCAGAAGACAUCCUUAAAGACUCACCUGGAAGAGAUGGACCAAUCAGAACAGUGAUGACAAAGGGAGUGGCUGGCAUCGGGAAAACAGUGUUAACACAGAAGGUGACUCUGGACUGGGCUGAAGACAAAAGCAACCAGGACAUCCACUUCAUGUUUCCAUUGACUUUCAGAGAGCUGAAUGUGCUGAAAGAGAGAAAGUUCAGCUUGAUGGAACUUGUUCAUCACUUCUUCAGUGAAACCAAAGCAGCAGGAAUCUGCAGCUUUGAAGACUUCCAGGUUGUGUUGAUCUUUGACGGUCUGGAUGAGUGUCGCCUUCCUCUGGACUUCCACAACAAUGAGGUCCUGACUGAUGUUAGAGAGUCCACCUCAGUGGAUGUGCUGCUGACAAACCUGAUCAGGGGGAAGCUGCUUCCCUCUGCUCGCCUCUGGAUAACCACACGACCUGCAGCAGCCAAUCAGAUCCCUCCUGACUGUGUGGACAUGGUGACAGAGGUCAGAGGGUUCACCGACCCACAGAAGGAGGAGUACUUCAGGAAGAGAUUCAGAGAUGAAGAGCAGGCCAGCAGCAUCAUCUCCCACAUGAAGAAGUCACGAAGCCUCCACAUCAUGUGCCACAUCCCAGUGUUCUGCUGGAUCACUGCUACAGUUCUGGAGGAGCUGCUGAGAAGCAGAGAGGGAGGAGAUCUGCCCAGAACCCUGACUGAGAUGUUCAUCCACCACCUGGUGGUUCAGGCCAAAGUCAAGAAGGUCAAGUAUGAUGGAGGAGCUGAGACAGAUCCACACUGGAGUCCAGACAGCAGGAGGAUGAUUGAGUCUCUGGGAAAACUGGCUUUUAAUCAGCUGCAGAGAGGAAACCUGAUCUUCUAUGAGUCCGACCUGACAGAGUGUGGCAUCGAUGUGGAAGCAGCCUCAGUGUACUCAGGAGUGUUCACACAGAUCUUUAAAGAGGAGAGAGGACUGUACCAGGACAAGGUGUUCUGCUUCGUCCAUCUGAGCGUUCAUGAGUUUCUGGCUGCUCUUCAUGUCCAUCAGACCUUCAUCAACUCUGGAAUCAACCUGCUGGAAGAAAAACAACGAACAACAUCCAAGAAGCUGAAAGUAUCUCUAAAGAAACCUAAACUAAAACAUCUCCACCAGAGAGCAGUGGACGAGGCCCUACAGAGUCCAAACGGACACCUGGACUUGUUCCUGCGCUUCCUCCUGGGUCUGUCACUGCCGACCAAUCAGAAUCUUCUACGAGGCCUGCUGACACAGACAGGAAGUAGCUCACAGACCAAUCAGGAAACAGCGGAGUACAUCAAGAAGAAGAUCAGUGAGGAUGUGUCUGCAGAGAGAAGCAUCAAUCUGUUCCACUGUCUGAAUGAACUGAAGGAUGUUUCUCUAGUGGAGGAGAUCCAACAGUCCCUGAGAUCAGGACGUCUGUCCACAGAUGAACUGUCUCCUGCUCAGUGGUCAGCUCUGAUCUUCAUCUUACUGUCAUCAGAAGAACAUCUGGACGUGUUUGACCUGAAGAAAUACUCUGCUUCAGAGGAGGUUCUUCUGAGGCUGCUGCCAGUGGUCAAAGCCUCCAAGAAAGUUGUACUGAGUGGCUGUAAUCUGUCAGAGAGAAGCUGUGGAGCUCUGUCCUCAGUCCUCAGCUCCCAGUCCUCCAGUGUGACAGAGCUGGACCUGAGUAACAACAACCUGCAGGAUUCAGGAGUGGAGAGUCUUUCUGCUGGACUGGAGAGUCCACACUGUAAACUGGAAGCUCUCAGACUUAAUAACUGUAAUCUGUCAGAGAGAAGCUGUGGAGCUCUGUCCUCAGUCCUCAGCUCCCAGUCCUCCAGUGUGACAGAGCUGGACCUGACUAACAACAACCUGCAGGAUUCAGGAGUGGAGAGUCUUUCUGCUGGACUGGAGAGUCCACACUGUAAACUGGAAGCUCUCAGACUGAGUGGCUGUAAUCUGUCAGAGAGAAGCUGUGGAGCUCUGUCCUCAGUCCUCAGCUCCCAGUCCUCCAGUGUGACAGAGCUGGACCUGACUAACAACAACCUGCAGGAUUCAGGAGUGGAGAGUCUUUCUGCUGGACUGGAGAGUCCACACUGUAAACUGGAAGCUCUCAGGCUGUCAGGCUGUCUGGUCACAGAGGAAGGCUGUGCUUCUCUGGCCUCAGCUCUGAGCUUGAAGACCUCAAAUCUGAGAGAGCUGGACCUGAGCUACAACCAUCCAGGAGACUCAGGAGAGAAGAUGCUGAGAGCGAAAGUGGAGGAUCCACACUGUAGACUGGAAACUCUCAGGGUGACGCCUGCUGGAGUCCCAUGGUUGACACCAGGUCUGAGGAAGUAUUCCUGUCAACUCACAGUCGACACAAACACAGUAAACAGAGAACUCAGACUGUCUGACAACAACAGGAAGGUGACACAUGUGGGGGGGUAUCAGUGGUAUCCUGAUCAUCCAGACAGGUUUGACUACUGUCCUCAGCUGCUGUGUAGAACUGGUCUGACUGGUCGCUGUUACUGGGAGGUGGAGUGGAGAGGAGAGGUUUAUAUAUCAGUGAGUUACAGAGGAAUCAGAAGGAAAGGACACAGUUAUGACUGUAAGUUUGGAUUUAAUGAUCAGUCCUGGAGUCUGUUCUGCUCUGAUGAUGGUUACUAUGUCAGACACAAUAACAGUCAAACAUCCAUCAGUUCCUCCUCAGUCUCUCACAGAGUUUCAGUUUAUGUGGACGUUCCUGCUGGAACUCUGUCCUUCUACAGAGUCUCCUCUGACUCUCUGAUCCUCCUCCACACCUUCAACACCACAUUCACUGAACCUCUCUAUCCUGGAUUUGGGGUCUACUGGUCCAGGUAUGGUUCCUCAGUGUCUCUGUGCUGAGUCUCGUCUCCAGAGUCUCCUCCUGGUACAGAAACAGUGUUGAACAGAUGGUUGAGUCUCUCCAUGACUCUGUCCCUCACAAACAUGUUUUCACAUUCAUGGAUUAAAUGUGUUUCUUUGUCAAAUCCUUCUCAAUGAUUCCUUGUAAACUUGUUCCUCUUCAAAGAUGAAGUUGUGAUUCUUCCAGGAGCCAAAUGUGGUGUUUGCGUCUUUUUCCAGUCAAAUGUUGAGAGUGAAAAUCAGGAUGUGGUGUUCCUCUGACGCUCACUGGAACUAAAAGCAUUUGAGCUGCACAAAGUGUGAAAUGAGAGAGGAAGCAGUGAAUCUCCAAACUGCUGACAGACUUUCACACAUUAUUGUCCAGUGAAAAUCAGCUUUUUGUGCAGCCACACUUGAUCCUGAUGUGAGUCUUUAAGUCCUGUUCUAGUGAUGAAAUGAGAACUUCCUUCAUCUGUGUCACUCUUUCCAAAGUAUUCUGUGCUCUUCUGUCAUUUAUGUCUUAUUGAUAGAUCCAUUUUUCAUUUUUACUAUAAAUAAGUGCUUCAAUGUUUUUUCAUCAGUUUUUUUUAUCAGAUUCUGAAUUUCUGGUUUCAUCAACAAAUUCUAUCAGAUUGUAUUUUUCCAUCAAAGCUCCCAUAACCCUAGCUAUCUGUGGAUCAAAAUGUUUUCAGCAUCGAUAUGAUUCCAGUAGAAUUUAAACCCACCAGGACUAUCCAGAUUACAUUGAACUCUGUAAAUUCUACAUUUUUUAGCCUGUUUCAUUCUAUAAAUGUUGUGUUUGGCCGUUAAAGGAGCUUUUCCUCACAUUGUGCUGUAUUUGAACCCUUCCAUGCUCUAAAUUCUUUGAACAGAUCUUGUGCUGUAAUCAAUGUCUAACUUAGUUUUUAUUUUCAUUGCAGUGGUUGAUUUUUCCUGAACAAGAUCAAUGAUUUUAAUACGUCUUUCUCCACUUUUAUUUGCUCUGCCUGUGGCUUUUAAACUAUUCUAACUUUCUUUUUUAUUCAAUAAAUGACUAAUAACACA